AUGACAAGUUAAGUGAUUCCAUUUUAAACUUAAGAAGAGGAGAAUUUAAAGUAAGAUAAGAGUUAAUCAAUAAUAUCUAAGAAUUCAGAUAUAAGAAAAUAAUCAUCUGUUCCUGUUGCAUAAUAUUCAACAAAAAAUUUAGGAAAGAGAGGAACAGUGUAAUUAGAAAAUGAUUUAGAGGAAGAAGUUAAUUCAAAACUUCACUUAAAUAUUAUAUUAAUAGCAAUUUAAAGUGGCUACUUUUCUUUUUGGGUAUUCUUAAUCAUAUUUGUCUAUGUCAUUCACAACCUUAUUUUCAUAAAUGUAUUUAUGAAUAUUUAUUUAAGUCCUCUAUAAGGAUCUGA